GUUUACGUGCGGUGGGAUCAACGAAGGCUAUUAAGAAGCCCGACUCUCGCCGUUAUCUUCUUUGUUCUGGGUGUGCAGAGACCGACUCAGCGCAAUAGCAAUAGAAAGAGAUCCUCUUCUUCCUCUAUGCUCCCCUGAUUUCUGUGCCACUUCAUUCUUCCGUUUCUAUGCUGAAGCGCCUGCCAAUUCUGCCCUCCCAAACUUAAACUUGCUGCGACGAAGAAAGACUAGUCCUGGCAUAUUGAUUCUUGAGUAAUUUAUGCGAUGCUUGCUAACUUCGUGCAAGUGGUUGUGCAACUUGAAUGAAGUCAGUUUUGAAGCAUGAAUGAGGAAGUGGUUGAUGAGGUAACGACAUUGGAGGUGGUUGAGGGUGCACAACAUCAGAGUAAAGAUGAUGAGUAUUCACUGAAGCCUGAAAGCUGCCCAUUGCUCAAACCCCAAGAAAUUCUGGCACCUUCUGAAGACUACUCCCAGAUCCCACCAGAGGAAUAUGAUGAUAUUCGGCAGGGUAAAAAUGUUGUAGAAACUAUCAGCCAUACAACUACAUCAGAACAUCCAUUUCUUAGCCAUUUUUCGGUUGAUGAUGGUUUCAUGGUUGAAGAAUUGACGGUGAAAAGUUACAAUGGCUCAAGUUUAGACAUUGGUACAUCAAACAGACGAGAGGGAUUUUAUAAUAGGCAGAACCAAUGGGGGCAUCUUUUUCAGCUAACUGGUGAUUCAGGAGCUGGAAAUUCACUAAGUCAUACUGCGUACAGAAAUAAUGUUCUGGCUACUUCUAAUGCCUGGGAGGACAAUGAGUCUUCAUCUUUCCAAGAAUUAUUAGCUAAAAAAUCGCUCAGUGGUGAUCAGAGCAAAGUCAUAGAACACUUGAUGACAGAUGAAAACAAAGGGGGUGCAGGUGAUGUUCAUGGAGGAAUACGAACAAAAAUUAUCUCCAGGUCAGGGUUUUCUGAGUAUUUUGUUAAGCAUACAUUGAAGGGUAAGGGUAUCAUAUGUAAAGGUCCAUCUUCUGACUGCUUCCAUGUUGACUCUAGAGAUCUGAAUCAGAUGAAAGUUGGCAUUCGUACUACUCAGUUGGAUUCUAAUGGAUCAUUGAGCAUUGGUUCCAAAACUGAGAAGUCUUCUUAUAGUUCUGCUGUGCCAAGAUCUGAUGGGUCUGACUGCAAUGGUGUGACUCUAAGAGAGUGGUUGAAAGCUGGGCACCAAAAUGUUAGAAAAGCUGAGCGGUUGCAUAUAUUUAGAAACAUUGUUGGUCUGGUUGAAAGUGCUCAUUCUCAGGGAGUAGCAUUGCUUAGCCUGCAGCCAUCUUAUUUCAAAAUACUCCCAUCAAACCAGGUCAUGUAUCUUGGCUUACCUAUUCUCAAGCAGAUAUCUGAAAGUGUUGUCAAUUCUGAAAUUCUUCCCUCUGAGGAUUCUUUCGAUAGAAAAAGGGAAUCAGAGCAGGUAUUAUACCCGUCUCUUGAUAUAAGGUCAAAGAAACAAAAAUUUGAUGAGAAUGUGACAGUUGCUGGGAAUUGGAGUCAGUUCUCUCCAAGAUCUGACAAGUAUUUUCGAAGUGCUUGUGAUAGUAAAAUCAAUGCAGUUGGACCACAGAGAAUCUCUAGCAUCCCUUGUAUGUCUAAGGCAGGCCAAUUGCAGUUGUCUUUUGUGAGUGAAAGAUUGGAAAAUGCAUGGUAUGCAAGCCCUGAGGGAAGCUGCACUAGAUCAUCAAAUAUCUACUGCUUGGGUGUUCUUCUUUUUGAGUUACUUGGCCAUUUUGAAUCUGAAGGAGCGCAUAUUGCAGCAAUGUCAGAUCUUCAAGAGAGAAUUCUUCCUCCAGGUUUCCUAUCUGAAAAUCCUAAGGAAGCUGGAUUUUGUCUUCUAUUGCUACAUCCCAAACCAUCAGCACGCCCAACAACAAGGGAAAUCCUACAAUCUGAAGUGAUAAAUGGAUUGCAGGAGGAUUACAGUGAGGAUAUGUCAUCAAGUAUUGACCAAGAGAAUGCAGAAUCAGAGGUGUUGCUGCAUUUCCUCGUUUCAUUAAAAGAGCAGAAGCAGAAUGAUGCCUCCAAACUGGUUGAACAAAUCAGGUGCUUGGAAUCAGAUAUUGAAGAGGUAGAGAGGAGGCAUAACUCAAGAAUAUCCUUGGUUUUGUCUAGCUCACAGCAUAAAUCAAGUUGUCUGAAAGAGAGUAUGCCUCUUGACAAAGAACCUUUGCCUUUAGAAAUGCUACCCUCAACUCCCUCAAUCUCUAAUGGAAAUGAAUUUAGAUUGAUGAAAAAUAUAUGCCAACUUGAAAGUGCUUACUUUUCCAUGAGAUCCAAAAUUCAGAUUGCUGAAACAGGGUCUGCACCCCACUCAGACAAAGAUUUACUUAGAAAUCGUGAGAACUGCUCUGUGACUAGAAAAGAUGAAGAUAAACAUGGAAACAUAGAUCCUGUGGGAACGUUUUUUGAUGGUUUGUGCAAGUAUGCCCGUUGUAGCAAGUUUGAAGUCCGGGGCAUACUAAGAAAUGCAGAUUUUAACAGCCCUGCCAAUGUAAUCUGCUCUCUGAGCUUUGACCGGGAUGAGGAUUAUUUUGCUGCUGCUGGAGUAUCAAAGAAGAUAAAGAUAUUUGAGUUUAAUUCACUUUUCAAUGACUCCGUUGAUAUUCAUUAUCCGGUAGUUGAGAUGGCAAACAAAUCAAAGCUCAGCUGUGUUUGCUGGAAUAACUAUAUCAAGAACUAUUUAGCCUCCGCAGACUAUGACGGUGUGGUAAAGCUAUGGGAUGCUAGUACGGGUCAUGAGUUCUCUGGCUUCACUGAACAUGGAAAGAGGGCUUGGUCUGUUGAUUUUUCUCCAGUAUGCCCUACAAAAUUGGCCAGUGGAAGUGAUGAUUUUUCUGUCAAGUUGUGGAGCAUCAGUGAGAAAAACAGUUUAGGCACCAUCAGGAAUGAUGCUAAUGUCUGCUGUGUUCACUUUUCUCCUCAUUCUUCUCAUUUGCUGGCGUUUGGAUCUGCAAAUUACAUUACUUACUGCUAUGAUCUUCGCAAUCUUAGAAAUCCUUGGUGUGUGUUAGUUGGCCAUGAUAAAGCCGUAAGCUAUGUUAAAUUCUUAGACUCUGAGACACUAGUCUCUGCAUCUACUGAUAAUACAUUAAAGAUUUGGGAUCUCAAUAAAACCUCUUCUGAGGGUCCAUCCACCGGUGCUUGCAGCUUAACGCUUUCAGGACAUACUAAUGAGAAGAAUUUUGUGGGUUUAUCGGUUGCUGAUGGAUACAUAGCAUGUGGUUCAGAAACAAAUGAGGUUUAUGCAUACUAUAGAUCUCUCCCCAUGCCAAUCACCUCGCACAAGUUUGGGUCCUUGGAUCCCAUAUCUGGGAGAGAGACCGAUGAUGACAAUGGUCAGUUUGUUUCGAGUGUGUGUUGGAAGGGCAGUUCAGACAUGGUUGUUUCUGCCAAUUCUAGCGGGUGUAUCAAAGUGUUGCAGAUGGUUUAAGUUAGUCCUAGAUGAAGGCUGGCUUCCAACUGGGGAUUCCUUCCCACCCUUUCACCCUUGGCCCUCUCAAGCCGAUACCUCCUAAUCGCCAGGAGCUUAUUAAGAUCGUAUAGACAUCUCGAGCUCUGGCUAAGUUUUGAUGUUUGAGUUUCAGCUAUGAAAGAUUGGAUGGAGGAAGAAGAGAUUGCAAAUCGACUCCAGUUCUAAUUUGAACAUUGGAUACAACACGACGAAGCUCCGGCUUUCAACCAGAAACUUUGGUGUUCUGUUGUGGAGAAUGCCUGUCAGAAUGUGCAAUAUCUGGAGGAUCAAUCUUAGAACGGGGAAGCCUAUUCAAGAAAAAAAAAGAUGGGUUUUGAAGUAUAAAAUAUUAGAAACUUUUUCUCCAGAAGUUUCUAGUGUCCUUAAGUUAAUGUGGUAUAUAACUAUCCAUUAUUUUUGGAGGCCAACCUUUCCCAAUUUAUUAAAGUAGUUUGACACUGAUCCUUAAGUUUUGUCUAAGGAUAAAAUUUAAACGGAUUGGGAAAGGUUAUUCUCUUUUAUAAAAUUAAUGGAUACUGUAUUAAUUUUGACUUGAGAAUGUUAAAAGCUUUUCAAAAAAAGUUUUUGAAUAUUUUUACAGCUUGAACCCAAAGAUUAUGACAGCAAAAUGAAAUUUGCUGUUUCUGAGUUGUUUUGAAGUGUGAAGAAUCCGACUAGAAGAAUCUAGCUCGCUUUAUAUGCAAGUGUUUGUAGGAGCCAACUGGAAGUAGUUGUACAGCGGUCCUUUUCAUGGUUUUUUAAAUGAAGGACUUGCAAUUUUAGGCUUGUUGUCGUGAAGAUGUUUGGUCAGCAACGCAAGGCAUGACUAUUAUAACUUUAAAGGAGAAGCUUCUAGAAAGUUGAUAUCAUACUCUAGGCUAAAUAUUUGUGUAUAGCAUGACUAUGUUUGACCAUUGAAUAAACAUUGAAGAUGUUUUACAAA